UCUGGUGCACUUCUGAAAGACAAUUGAUUAUUAAGCAAUUUCCUCUCAGAAGAUUGAGAAGGAAGUAGGAACUUCUCUUUAAUGAAAAACACCUACCUAUACAGAGACACUAGGGGGAAGGCCUCACACUAUAUAUACACUGGAGGCGAGAGGAAUAGUGUUAUCAUCCUCAGACCAUCAACUCCUGCAAACUACUCUGAGAAGCUAUUAAGAACACAGCUAUGAACCUGCUUCUUUCUGUCCUAACUCUGGGCUUCUGCCUGGUGCACAGCCACUCCCUACCAUCAGAACGUUUUGGCAGCUCUUUUCUUCAAAGUUGCUUUGAUGAGGCUAAAGCAAUUGUGGAUGAAGCAUACAAGUACUCCAGAGAUGAGAGCUUAAGAAGAGUUCGUAGGGAACAAGUCAAACCCUCUGAUGCCCUUCGUCUCCUGAAGCAGCCUCGUGGGGACACACGCACAGCAGUGAGAGCUGCAGACUACAUGGCACAAACCAUUCGACUGCUGCAAACCAAGGCCCACCACGUGCACAAACGCUCACUCAACGCAACAGAUUUGCUGACCCCUGAGCUGCUGAAAACUCUUUCUGAAAUCACUGGCUGUGAAGCUCGAGUGCGUCUCCCAUCCUGCCGUACAACACCCAACCUUGACAAGUACCGGACGAUUACCAGCGUCUGCAACAACCUAGUGAACACCCGCCUCGGUGCCUCGAACACCCCCUUCGCCCGCUGGCGGCCUGCCGAGUACGACGACGGGAUCUCUCAACCGAAGGGCUUUGACAGACGCCGCCGGUUCAACAACUUCACACUUCCCCUGGUCAGACAGGUCUCCAACAACAUCCUGAGGACGACGGACAACGGUGUGGUCAACGACAGGGAAUUCACUCACAUGGUGACCUUGUUCGGCCAGUGGAACGACCACGAUCUUACCUUCACGCCCUUCUCCCCAAGCAUCCGCUCCUUCAGCAACAACAUCGACUGCGAAGAGAGCUGCGAGAACACCGAGCCCUGCAUUCCCAUUCCGAUCCCCCGCGGUGACGUCCGCCGAGAAGAAUGCAUUCCCAGCUUCAGGUCAGCGCCGGCUUGUGGGACUGGAUACUCGGCAUAUAAUUUUGGCGGUGAGCCCAAACCGAGAGAGCAGAUAAACGCCCUCACCGCCUUCUUGGAUCUCAGCCAAGUGUACGGCUCCGAGGACCAGCUGGCGCUCAAACUCCGCAAUCUCAACAGCGAUGGAGGCUUGAUGCGCGUCAAUGACAAGUUCACAGACCGAAGGCGCGAGCUGCUGCCCUUCAACCCUCUGCAGGCGACCAUGUGCGCCACGCGCAGAAGAAUCACAAACGACACGAACGCAAAAGAAGUGCCCUGUUUCAUUGCAGGGGACACCCGUGUGGAUGAGAACAUGGCCCUCACGUCUCUUCACACGAUGUUCUUGCGUGAGCAUAACCGACUGGCACGUGAGCUGCGAAGACUCAACGCUCAUUGGGACAGUGAGACGCUCUACCAAGAGGCUCGCAAGAUCAUGGGGGCCUACACGCAGGUGUUCGUGUUUCGGGACUACCUGCCACAUAUUGUGGGUGACGCCGUGAUGCGCAGGCUGCUCGGGCGUUACCCUGGUUACAAUCCCAGAGUUGACCCCAGCAUUUCCAACGUGUUUGCUACGGCAGCGUACCGCUUCGCCCACUUGGCGAUUCAGCCUACCUUGACGCGUCUGGAUGAGAACUACAGAGAAAGCAACCGGUUCCCCAGCGUUCCCCUGUUCAAGGCCUUCUUCACCCCCUGGAGGAUCGUUUUCGAGGGCGGCAUUGACCCUCUGAUCCGUGGUUUGAUCGUUCGUCCGGCUAAGCUGAAUACUCAGGAUCACAUGAUGGUUGACGCUCUAAGGGAGAGGCUCUUCCAGUUCAUGCUGGAAAUGGCGUUGGACCUUGGCUCUCUCAACAUGCAGAGGGGGCGUGACCACGGCCUACCUGGCUACAACGCGUGGCGGAGAUUCUGUGGGCUUUCCCAACCGAGGAACCAGGCCCAGCUGGCCCAGGUUUUGAACAACGUGCGCCUGGCCCGAAGCCUGCUGCAGCUCUAUGGCACCCCUGACAAUAUUGAUGUCUGGCUAGGAGGUGUCGCGGAACCUUUUGUCGCGGGUGGCCGCGUAGGACCUCUGUUUGCCUGUCUCAUUGGCUCCCAGUUUCAGAGGAUCCGCCAGGGUGAUAGGUUGUGGCAUGAAAAACCAGGCGUAUUCACCUCCGCACAGAGGGCAGCACUGCGAUCUGCUUCCCUGUCCAGGAUCAUCUGUGACAACACUGGCAUCACCAAUGUCCCCCAAGAUCCUUUUAGCGUCUUAUCCGGCAGGAACAGGCUGACCCACUGCUCCAGCAUCCCACGUGUUAACCUCGCUGCUUGGAGAGAGAGACCCUGCACUGGUGCUGAUUGUGGAGCCAUAAGAAAUGAGAUUACUAAUUCCAGCCUGGAACAGCAGAACAGUCUGGACCUCCAGGACACCCAGGAACUCACGAACCUCCAGGAACUCCCGGAAUUCCAGGAACUCCAGAACAAUGAGAUUCCGGAAAACCCCCCGGCAUAAGAGGACCUCCAGGAGUGAGCAGCAAUACGACCCAGCUAUUAUUCUGCCUUUGUUAUAACUCUAGGUGACUAAAACCCACCUUCAAACCAAGUUAUAGGCUUUAGUCAGGUCAUUGCAAUGGACGGAGUAAUUGCAGUAAAAAGUCAGGGAACUCCUGGUGUACGUCUAUAAGCUCAGCUUUUCAGCCACGGCUUUAGGGUUUAUCAAGGUGGUCGCCAUUAAUUAAGGGGGGAAACAGUACUGUAAUUGGAUGAGGGAGACAGAUGCAGGUUAGAGGCAAGGGGAGGGACCAAUGGCCCUCGUACAAACAGCUUUUUCUCUGGCCACUUGUGUAAGAUCUCUGUGAAUAAUACGACCUCACCGCAUCGCCAUCGGAUCCAUCAAAGCAACCCCCCUCGCUUGCAGCUGCUUUGCCUGUUUCAGUUAUGCUACCAUUCCAUAGGACAGCGUUUCCCAACCCAGUCCUCAAGGAACCCCUAUCCUACAGAUUUCCUUCAUUGUAACCCUGCAUAGGUAGCCCUGUUUGUACUUACUCAACCAAUCAUCUCACAGAACUUAAUUAUGCAAGGUUUGCAAACUCUGACAUAAUUCAUUGCUGAUUGGUUGAAUAACUACAAACAGGUAUCUGUUCAGGGUUGCAAAGAAAAUCAGCAGGAUAGGGGUUCCUUGAGGACUGGGUUGGAAAACACUGCCAUAGGAGACCAUAUGCUUGAUAAAUCAAGGCUAGUCUUAUUUUCACUGAUUUUGGGUAUCCAUAUUUGAGACAAUACAUUUGACUUUUCGAACAAGGUUGAAUGAGUUCAUCUGGAUACAAGGUUUAUUGACAGAAACGUUUCAUCACUCAUCUAAGUGACAUCUGUCACUUACAUCAAAGAUGUCACUUAGAACCUUUUUUGAUCUAAGGAUGUGAUGAAACAUAUCUGUCAAUAAACGCUGUAUCCGGAUGAACUCUUUCAACCUUCUCUGAUUUUCUUACCCGGAUUCUUUGACUUUUGUUUUUCCUCGGAAUGUGAACAAAUCGCCGUGGUUUGGUUUGAACAGCUAGGAAAUCUCUUUGUUGUAAAUCUAUAAAGUAACUGUUACAUAAUGCACUCUGUUUGACUGAGAAGCCGUUUUAAUGCUCGGAUUUAGGCUACCCUGUUCAGUUAUAGGCUGUUCCAGUGGUAGAAUUUUUCCCGGUCUAAAUGAAACAUUUUGUUUGAUUUGAUUAUUUUUCAACAAAUAUUAUUUGCGCUGGUAGUUAGUGCCAUGCUUCUUUUUUUUUCGCUUGUGAAUUUUCAUGUUUUGUACAUUUUGUGUUUGUGCAGUGGACUCAAUAAAACAUAUUUAGAUAA